AUGAAUCACGAACAAUUUCAAGAGCGUCUUGACUUCGCCAGGAGCACGUUGAUUGGGUUCGGUCUCGAGCCCACCGAGAUCACACCUGUGGAAUACCAAGAGGAUGUCCCAUUUCCUUACAAUAACUUCAUCUACAAAAUCACUUUGGCCAAGCCAGCCACCAAGGACAAUUUCCUUCAUGCUGGCUCGUACACUACGCUUCCGCCAGAGGGAGGCAUCUCAACCUUCGUCAUGCGGCUAGCUAAUCCCAAAGCCAUGGACAUCAUCCAGGAUAACCGAGUCGAGAACGAGGUCGCAGCGAUGUACAUCGCUCGCCAGGGCCUCCAAGCUUUCAAACCUGAUGCCGCCGGGCUCAUUCCAGCCGUCUUUGCGUGGAGUUCAGCUCAAGGCGCAGGUGAUGGCUAUGACUGGACUUUGAUGGAUUUCAAGCACGGCGUGCCGCUUGACACCAAGUUCAAGGACCUAUCAGACGAUGAGAAGAAGACUGUGCUUGGUCAGAUUGCAGAUGUCUUCACAGGUAUUCAGCGAGCGCCGUUGCCUGAGAGCAUCAAGUUGCAUGGCGGAUUGACCAUCGAUGAGUCUGGAAAUAUCGUGGGUGGCAAGAUGACAAUUCUGGAAGGCGCACCAUGGAAUUCGUACACCGACUUUUGGAAGUCCAAGUUGGAAUUUGGCCUGCGCGAUGCGGAAGGGAGCUCGAAUCUGCAAGGUUGGAAGCCGAACGGUGUUCGCGAACGUAUCGACAAGUUCAUUCUGAGUGGACUUGACCAGUAUCUUGCUGGAGCUGGCGUCGAUGAGACGCAACGCGUGCUGAUUCACGGCGACCUCACUACCAACAACAUCCAAUACGACCCUGCAACAAAACAGAUCACGGGAGUUCUUGAUUUUGACUGGGCUUACAUCUCUCAUCCAGCCCAUGAGUUCUUCACCUCUUUUGGAGACAUUGGAGGCAGCACCAACGGCGGCACUGCAAGGGACCCCGACUUGAGCGAUGGUAAAAUUGCCAACGCAAUGCUGGCAGGCAACUUCGACAUCCCCGAUUUUCCAGAAGAGGCGGUCGGGCAACUUGCGAGAGCAAAGGCAUGGGAUGACGCAUUGGCUGAGAGAGGGGCGCUGAGACCAAGUGAAAUUGCUGGCAUGGCUGCGCUGGAACAACUUCGGAAGCUGGAAAGCCUUCUUGCUCCAUUCACGCUACAUCACCCAGUCAUGUUGAAGAGAAAGACGGCGGAGCAGAUUGUGGAGAUGCGGGCUGCUGGUGAGAAGGAGUUGAUUGAGUGCCUGGAGCGGUUCGGGUAUUGA